ACAGCUGAGAGAGGACGACACAGACAAUGACAGCGCUGGGCAGUGUUGUGGUUCAGGCGGUCGUGUUACUGACGGGGCUGGUCGUCGUUCAGGGAGACACCCAGGUGGGCUGUGUGUUUGGGGGGAGCUGUGUGCUGCCUUGCCGCUUCCAGCCAAACAGUGAUACCAUCCUCCACUGGAUCAAGAUGAAUGGGAAGAACGUUCAGGUCCACUCCUACUACGAUGACCAGGACCAACUGGGACACCAGGACCCUCUCUACAAGGGAAGGACCUCCCUGUUCCAUGACCAGAUCUCAGGGGGCGACGCAUCCCUUGGUCUGGCCAGGGUGAACCUCCAGGACCAGGGCAGGUACCUGUGUUACGCCAGCACUUCACAGUACAACCAGGAGACCUUCGUCACCCUGACAGUGAGAGGUGAGCUCAAGUCCUUGAGACACUGUGGCGAGCAGCACGGGAAGAACCAGACGAUCCCAGGUCAGAGAACCUCCCUGUUCAAUGACCAGAUCUCAGGGGGCAACACAUCCCUUAGUCUGGCCAGGGUGAACCUCCAGGACCAGGGCAGGUACCUGUGUUACGCCAGCACUUUGAAGAACAACCAGGAGACCUUCGUCACCCUGACAGUGAGAGGAGAGGAGGAGUGGCCCUGCAACAGGAUCCUUUCUUCCUCCCCAGAUCAUGUUAUUGUUCCAAUGAAGUGA